AAAUUUGGAGUUAUUUUUCUCAUUAUUUCGAGUUACUAAGUCGAAAAUUCGAGUUGCUAAGUCGAAAUUUCGAGUUACUAACUCGAAAUUUUGAGAAACUAAGUCAAAAUUUCGAGAAAAUAAGUCGAAAUUUCGAGAAAGAUAACUCGAAAUUUCGAGUUAAGUAUCGUUUUUUUUUUAGUGGCGGAAACUGGCUUCCAUAGGAUGUCGGGGCAGCAUGAGUAGGAGCAUAUUUUUUUUUAUUAAUGAUUACCGGUGCUGGAAAAGCUAGCGCUUGAUGCAGUGUUUUGAUGCAAUGCGUGUGUGUGCCUGCGUGCGGAGGGGGGCGUCGCGCAGAGAGAGCUGCUUUUUCAUGAAACGGGAGUACACUAGUAAACUUACAGGAACAUAUACCACUACCAACGUUUGGAUCGAUAUCGCCAUCGAUCUGCACACCCUUGUCUCCUGGAUCGUAGCUGAGAUCAGCGUGAACCACGGGUGUCUCUGCUCCCUUUUCUAUUUCCUGUGUUUGGAAAAACUUCCAGCUUCAUCACGGAGUUUCUCUCGGUUUGUGGGCUCAUAUAAAGCUUAGUAACAGGAGGAGAAGAGUCUGGUGGAGCAGCAGAGGAACAAUUUCAGCCAUUUGGACUCAGCUCAGCCACUGCAGAGGAAACAAUGACUUCAAUACAAAAUGACCAACAUGGAGUGAGAAGUCAGCGCUCUCAGGAGGCCGACAAACAUCACAGAAGAAAGGGAGAGAAAACCUACAGCUGUGAUGAGUGUGGGAAGGAUUUUACCCGGACUGACAGCCUAAAAACACACCAACUCAUCCACAGUGGAGUUAAACCUUACAGCUGUGAGUUUUGUGGAAAGUCUUUUUCCCUGGCUGGAAGCUUAAAAACACACCAAGUAAUCCACAGUGGAGUUAAACCUUACAGCUGCGACUUGUGUGGAAAGACUUUUACCCAGGCUGGAAGCUUAAAAACACACCAAGUCAUCCACAGUGGAGUUAAACCUUACAGCUGUGAGUUGUGUGGAAAGUCUUUUACCCAGGCUGGAAGCUUAAAAACACACAAACUCAUCCACAGUGGAUUUAAACCUUACAGCUGUGACUUGUGUGGAAAGUCUUUUACCCAGACUGGAGACUUAAAAACACACCAAGUCAUCCACAGUGGAGUUAAACCUUACAGCUGUGAGUUGUGUGGAAAGCCUUUUGCUCGAAAUAGCAACUUACAGAGGCAUCUAGUUACCCACUCUGGAAUUAAGGCAUACAGCUGUGACUUUUGUGGAAAAAGUUUCAGCGACAAACACUACCGAAAUAUUCACCUACGGAUUCACACUGGAAAUGAUGUUUACUGCUGUGAUCAGUGUGGGAAACUGUUUACAACAGAUGCACAGAUAAAACAACACAUGUUUAUCCACACUGAGGAGAGACCUUAUAAAUGUGACCUGUGUGAGAAGAUGUUUAAAGCUCCACAUCACCUGAAAAACCACCAACAGAUCCACACCAGAAAGUAACUCUACAAGUGCAGUUACUGUGAGGAUGUAUUUAUCUUUUUAUCUUGUAUUUUUAACCUGAUUGUUUGGAACAAGUCUGACCAGUAAAUAUAUGGAGUUAUACUGAAUGAACAGUUUGAAAAAUGAAGAAUCAUUUUCGCCCAGUAAGCUGAGUGUUAUAAUGUAAACAAUAAAAUGUAAUUGGACAUUGGCAGUGAACACUUACGCUGUCUUUGUUUAGAAGCAGAGCAACACAGAUGGAUCCAGUUCUCAACCCUGUCAUCACUGUGGUGGUGUGAAAGAGUUUCUCUGUGACCUUUGUGGAAAACCUUCCAAUCAUCAACGGGACCUAAAACCACAUCAACGUAGACACACUGGAAACAAUAUGAACUACUGCAAAGAACGUGGGAGAGGCUUCCACACACCAAGUACAUUAAAAAUACAUGAACUCUUCCACAGUGGGGUCAAAAAGCACAUCUGUGACCAGUGUGGAUCAUCCUUCACCACUGCACAUGAGAUUAAAGAAAAAGCAUAAGGGAAUCCACACAGGAGAGACACCAUACAAGUGAAGACACUGUAACAAAAGCUUCCCACAAUCAGGUCAUCGUAACAAACAUGAACGUACAUACAUGGAAGUGAACUUCGGCUGUGACCAGUGUUAAAUUUCAAUCCUUCAUUCAUAUGCAAAUAAUUUCACAGCAGUUGCUCUUAAAACUUCCAAAAUGAACUAAAUCUGUCCCCCACCUUUGAAACAACACCUGCUGGGACUUUAUGUCCAGAAAAAAGAAACCCAAGCUAAACUGGUUUCGGGCUGUACUUCCAUGUAAUACCAGUUUGUACCAGAAGCAGUGAGUCAGUGUAACAUUUAUUCAUUCAGGCAAAGAACACAAAUCUUAUUCACAGUGGCAGCAAAAAAAUGUUGAAAUUUAAAAACAGCAGCACACGUCAGGACAUGUUUUUAAAGAUCACAGGUAACUACUUUUAGUUAAUUCAAAUUCUAUUAAACCUCUAUUUUUGGCUCCUCCUUUCACUUUAGUGUCUUUUUUUAAUGAAUUCAUUUUGAUCCACAUGUUUGCAACUGUUUUCCUGUUGAUCUGAAGUUUGUAUUAUGAAAUCCUGAUCAUGUUAAAGCGUUAGUUAUAUUUGAUGAACUCUGUGUAAAGUUUUUCUUAUUAAACAGUUUGGUGCGAAAAAUAAAGAAAUAGUCUCAGAACAAAUAAUUUGAUCCCUGAUUUCAGAUUCAAACUAAUUUAACUGUUUUCAGUGGUACAUGUGGAGGUUUAUCAGAGGAGGAGAAUUGGCUGUUCUCCACUCACACUGAACAUGGUUCCUGCAGCUCAUUAAAAACUCUGAAAUGUUCUUUAAGGAUAAAAAUGUCUGAUUUUUCUUAAAAACAUGGUGUGGGCAUGAAGUUUUCAGAGUGUGUGUUUAAGAUGCUUUGUGAUUAACAUCUCACACAUUCCAAUAAAGC